CUAGGCGUGGUUUUAUUUUGAAACUAUAAACCGGAAGUCGCCCUCCCCUUGUUGUGGUCCGCUCUCCUCCACAGUGAAGUCAACAAAAACCCUGGAGCCGUGAUUUGAGCUCAUCCUGAACCUGCGAUGCUGCACCGGCUCCUCCUCGUGUUUCUGGCCGCCGCCGGGGCCUCCGUGCUCGGGCUCCCGCCGCUGAGGGGCUCCCCGCCCGCCGGACCCUGCGCCGCCCCGCUGCAGUGGGAGGGCAGGUGGGUGGUGUACGACCACGGCACCGGCCGCAACAGCCGGGCCGCCGUCUCCUACGACAGCCUGAACCAGCGGAUCCGAGUCCUGCAGCAGCACAAGAAGCACACUCCGUGUCAGAGGUUUUUUGAGUACAUCUACUUGUACAAGAGCAUGGUGAUGUUCCAGAUCGACCAGAAGACCAAGGACUGCUCCAAGAUCUCUCUGACGGAGGUCUGGGAUCCCUUCAACAUCCCUGACAACUCCACCUUCGAGGACCAGUACUUCAUCGGGGGGCCCGGAGACAACGUGGAGGUGCAAGAGUGGUCGGACAGGAAGCCGGCGCGCCAGCAUGAGACCUGGGUGGGCGUCUACACCCUCAAAGACUGCUACCCGGUGCAGGAGACCUACACCAAGAACAGCACGGUCACCACCUCCACCCGCUUCAUCAACCUGCAGCUGGGCAUCAGCGACCCCAACGUCUUCUCCCCGCCCCCCACCUGUCAAUCAGCGCGGCUCCAGAGGAUGGCCGAGUCCGAGUGCUGAGCCGGUCCCACCUCAGAUCCAGUUUGAGUCUUUAGCUAAAACACUAACACAAGCUUGAAAGUGACACCGGGUCCAUGAUGGGACAGAAAACUGCUGUGAUGUUUAACAGCUUCUGGGAUGUUUGUCCAUGAAGGAUUCCUUCAGUCGAAUGCUUCUGUUAGAGCAAGUGGUGAAAUAAAGCUUGAUGAUUGAAAAAUUA